CCAGCCGCGGCCCGCCGAGCCCGCGGGCAACCGAGCCGCCAGCGACGCCCGCACAGCCGCGGGGGCCCGGGCGGGGGGCAAUGCCGUGUCGGAGGGAGGAGGAGGAGGAAGCCGGCGACGAGGCGGAGGGGGAGGACGACGACGACAGCUUCCUCCUGCUGCAGCAGUCGGUGACUUUGGGCGGCUCAGCCGACGUGGACCAGCUCAUCGCCCAGAUCGGCGAGACGCUGCAGCUGGACGCGGCGCACGACGACCCGGCCUCGCCGUGUGCUGUCCCGGGUCCCCCGCCCCCUCCUCCGCCCCCGCGAGUCGUGGCGGCGCUGCAGGCGGACAAGGCCCGGGCCCCGGCGAGGCGGCUGCUGCGAGCGGCCGCGCCUGCGGAGGCCGGGGACCCGUCGCCCCCGGGGGCGGUGCGCUGCGUGCUAGGAGAGCGCGGGCGCGUGCGGGGCCGGGCGGCUCCAUACUGCGUGGCGGAGCUCGCCGGGGGUGCCAGCGCUCUGUGCCCUCAGCCCCCGCAGCCCGGCCUUGAGGGACCCUCGGGGACCGGCAAGCCAAGCAUCCCGCAGCCUCUUUCGGGCCCGUGCCGGCGGGGUUGGCUCCGAAGCGCAGCCGCGUCCCGCCGCCUGCAACAACGACGCGGAUCUCAACCCGAGAUCCGCACCGGCGACGACGAUCCGCACAGGCUCCUGCAGCAGCUCGUGCUCUCGGGAAACCUUAUCAAGGAGGCGGUGCGGAGGCUCCAUUCGCGACGGCUACAGCUACACUCAAAGCUUCCCGCACACCAGUUCCUCGGGCCUCUGUCGGCCCCGGUGCACGAGCCGCCUUCACCCCGGAGCCCUCGAGCGGCCUGCAGCGACCCCGGCGCUUGCGCGAGGAGGGCGCGGCUCAGAACUGGGGACGACCUACUUGUCCCUGGCAGCUAACAACCAGGGUGGCCACAGCACUAGCCUGGAACUGGGGACGAAGGGAAUCACCCAGGACUGCACCGGGCUGGUGGAAAACGCGAGCAUUUGAAAACGGGAUAAUAAGCUAAGAAAUACUAGCCAAAAAAUCGCAAAUAUUUUCAUGGUCGAGAGCCCCAAACUGUUUGAAUUGAAAUACAGGAGUUAGGUUUGUUUAAAGCAGAUUUUAUUGAGUGCACCGCGGGCUGUCAGCAGGACUCCUUUUUUUGGCGUAAUCCAACCUGGACGCUGCAAUUCCGCGCAGACUCUGCGGGGCACCGGCAACCACGUGGCCCAUGGUGCAUGCUCUCAGGAUCAGCCAGCCUAAGAACGAAGGACGAUGAUCACAGUUACUUGCUGUACUUUUCAGGGCUGUUUCCUGAUCCACUUUGUGGGGGGUGGGGCCAGAGUGGACAUACUAUCGGGGAGCACCCCAAAAUACUACACUUGAACAUUUUAUGGCAGUUAAAAGACCGUCUCAUAGUUUUUUUUUUGCGGUGCUGGUUUUAUUGUAAAACAUGCGGUACCAUGAAAGGACCCUCUUGGGGCUAAAUAGAAGUAACGUUUUUUUCCUGUCUUUACCCCUUUUGCAACUGGUUGCUGUUACCGGAGUGUUGAGAAAAUGUUGUACCACAAGUGGGCGUGGGAGGCGGCAUUGAGAGGUGUUGGGGGAUGGAAGGGUAUGGGGAAGCAUGGAUUGAUCUUCUCCCGCCUUCCUAAACUGUUUUCAAAGGAGACCCGUUCCUCCUUGGGUUCAAGGUCGCUGUCUCCUGGUCGCGGUGUUGUGGGGCACUCAUGGAGACUAGCUGAGCUGCCUUGCUGGGAGAAGAGCGUGCUGUUUUGCAAAUGCUGGAGUCCCCUAAGGACAGGCGCGCCACCUCCCGGGGGUGCUGGGUGUCUGUCCUUCCUGCCUGGGACUACCGACCCUGACCCUUCUCUUGGCCUGCACAGAAACUGCCUUGAGACAGUGGUCCGAGAACCACCUUUCCCCCUUGGCUCGGCUGCCCUACUCAAGCGGAGUGGUGCUGAGGAUCCUAGGGGCCAGGGAGAGGGACUAGAGAGACUCCACACAACAGGCACUCCUGAUACACAGUCUCACACAGCCGCUUAUAACGGGCUCUCGGGGCCAUUUGUAAUAACAGCUGCAAUUCCCUGGAUAGAGGGAGUUGAUUUCCUCCUGACCCUCCCCCAGCUGUGCCAGCUCGUCUUUGUAAGUGAAGGAAACCGAAUAGAAAAUGUGACCCUCCAAAUGGAAAAGCUGCAGGCUUUUUGCUAUUGUGACUGUGAAGUGUCUGGAAAUGCUGUUCACUCUGAGCGACCGUUUUAGUUUUAUGGAGUCAAUGGCUUGUUCAGCAUCCAGAUGUGGCUAUUGACAAAUCUACACUUCGCACCGAAGUGACUGGAACUGUGGCUGUCCUGAUUAUAGGAUUUUAACUUAACUGAAAUAACUGUUUUUGAAUAAAUGUGUUGGGUUUUUUU